AGUAGAUCUUAUCAUCACUUUAAGAUCUACGUUAAAAAUAAAUAGCGACUAUUUAGAUAGUGCUAUCCGAGAAUAUAUAGCAACGCUAUAUAGAAUUUAUUUCUCAUAUCUCCCUCCCUCCUCGCUUUCUUCCAUCUCCACCUCCUCCAAGCUCCACCUCAUCAGCAACAUCUCUCUCUCUCUCUCUCUCUCUCUCUCUCUCUCUCUCUCUCUCGCUUCCGAUCGUUCAGUUCAGGCGAGACAAACAAAACGGCAAGCAGUUGCUGCUAGCCCGUUCGGCGGCGGCGGCGAGCAGAAGCUAUUCUUCUCGUCGCGUCCCCGGCGUUGCUUGAUCUGCCUCCGUAAUUGACCCGACCUAUCGUCGCUCCGCCUCCGCCUUUCUUGACUUCGCCGUGCGCCUCUGGAUUGCCAUCAAGAACCGGCGAGAGCACCUGUGCUUCUAAUGACUGAAGAAGUGAUCAAAGAGGUUAUCACCUCAACUCCUGUAUCAGCUGAACCAAAAAUCGAAGAUCAACUGAUAAAUUCUCCAGCUAUUAUAGAUGGCAACAGCGUGCAACCUGAUCCUAAGAGGAAGGAGAAGCCAGUCCCUCAUUACCUAAGACCAUCCACUAGCUCUUGCCAUGACAACUGCAAAUUUGGGAUCCGGCAUUCCUCUGAAUCCAAGAAAUACUGGCCUGUUCGUCGUGCACAAUUGCGCCGUGCGAGCACUGGGAACCAGGAAUGCAACCGGGCUGAAAUCAUACUACCACAAAGAGCUAGGCGAAGCAAGGACCAGAAGCUGAAGAUUUGUCAUGUAAGAGAUGGUAAUACUGCUGCUCCUGCUAAGCUUGAAUUCACCAGUCCCAAGGCACCACUGGAAAGAGCAGCUGAUCAUUCUGACAGCACUCCCUGCGUAGAAGAAUUUUUGUCAGCUGAAGCAUCUGAACCUUUUGUGGCUGGAAACGUACCAACUGAUGCAAAAUGCUUCGUCAUCUCUCAUGAUGAUGUGGCAGACUGUGGAGAUGGAGAGCCAUCUGAUGGGGCUGUUAGCAUUGAGCUGGAGAUGCCAUUAGCCAUCCAGGACAGCUAUGCAUCCGAUGAAAACAUGGAGGAUGCCAUUCUGCCUUCCGAGGAUGUACACGAAGAUGGAGAAAAUUCACUUCUGGAACUUGUGUCUGAUCAAUCAGCAAAUGAUCGUGCAAGUUCAGAGAAGAGGAUUACUCAGAUUGCGAUGGCCUCGGAGAAGCAUGAACAGGCUGGGCUUGGGACUAAAUCAAAGAGUUCAGCUAAUGAGUCUGUAAAACCGAAGGCGAAAGCAACAUCGAGUGUAACCAGAAACACUGUCUCAACCCAGAAUAGCAGAAGAAAGUCGCAUCCGAAGGCUACAGGUGCAACUGUUGAAAUCUCAAGCGGACCAAACACAAUGAGAAAAAGGGCAGAUGCUAGUGGUACGACAAAGUUCAGUAGGGAGAAGAAAUUCAGCCCUACUGUUUCAUCAGCUGUGCCAAAGGUUAAGGAGAUCAAUGUACCAUCACCAUCUAACGCGACCGAUUCAUCUGCCAAACCUGCUAGAUUGGCAAAGCUGAAGGCUUCAGGAGCGAAAAGCGCUCCGUCUCCAUCGCUUUCUUCAGGGAAAAUGACUGACCGAAAGAUGACAGUGAAGAAUUUUGUCAAGAAUGCUCAAGUUUUGCAAAAUAAGGGAGAAGAGAAGGUAAUAACAGGUCCAGUGAAACUGUUUCGUUCUGUAAACAUGCCUGCCAAGCCUAUCUCGAGUGUAAAAUUGAGAGUAGUCAGAAAAGAAAAAAUUGCUCCCCCAAUCAAGAACAUUAGGAAGGUUUCUGGAACAGAAAAUUCUGCUGCUGAUGCUAAGGAUGCUAAAGAGAGAGUUUUGAAGACGGCUUCACCGAAAGUGCGAAAACCAGAGGUUAACAAUAAAGAGAGCAGACCUCGCAAAGAAAAAUCUGCCAAACCAAGAACUGCAACUGCAAGGCGACCAAAGCCUGCACCCACCAUCCCCUCGAGCAAUGCGACGCAGCCGCCGCCUCGCAAGCUGACGUUCCGGCGCGGCAAGGUGCUGAACCCCGACGACAACAGCAACACCGCCCCGAGACGGCUCCAGUUCAGGCCUGCCAUGGCCGCCGCAGACACGACCGGCAGGAGCAGAGGCGGCAGGGUCAGCACCGGCAGGAGGGUCGGCAGCAGCGCUGCAGGGGCGAGAGAUGCAGGCACCUCACGAGCCGAGGUGGUCGUCCUGCGGCGGAGGCAGGACGGCGGCGGGGAGGGGAAGAGGCAGGAGCAGGGGCUGUUCAACAACGUGAUCGAGGAGACGGCGAGCAGGCUUGUCGCCGAGGCGAGGAAGAGCAAGGUGAAGGCGCUAGUCGGCGCCUUCGAGACCGUGAUCUCGCUGCAGGAAGGCAGCAAGGCUGCUGCUCCGGCGACGGCGGCAGGUGUGGCACCAUGAGCGCUUCUUGAUCCGGAGCUAGCGCGCUUUCGUCGUCUUGAAUCCGUGGAGUUCGUGUAAAUGUGGCACAAAUUUGAGGUUUGCGUGUUUUUCUUCGUAAUAAUAUAAUGAUCUGUAGCUCUCGACAAAAAGGGCUUGUACAUUUGGAGAUCUUCAUAGGAUUUCUCGUGCUUGAUCGAUCCGUGAAGUUAGAGAGAUGUCGUGAGGAUUUGCGUUUGUGA